UAAUCAUAGCGGCUUGUGAAUUUACCAACGUCGUCAACUGAAAAUUGCGCUUCAAUAUAGGAUAUUAAAAAAAACAUUCGCAUCGUGUGUUUAUACAAAAGACAUUUUAGUCACUGUCUAUGUGUUUACACAAUUUUUUGUACUGUUAAAGUGUAACUAUCUAUUUAGUUUGAUGAAAAAUAUUUUAUUUUGUUGUACAAUUUAUAAUAGGUAUCAUUCAAAUUGUUCAAUAUGUCAAACAACAACAAAGUUGCGAUUCGAACGUUGUAUGUUUCACCGAUUGAAUCUCAAAUUACUCGUCGCAUCAAACCCUAUUUCGAGCAAUUUGGAGAAGUAGAAAAUGUUCGAUUCCAUUCUAAAGACGACUUUAAAUACGGCUUUGUACAAUUCAAAAUGGCUGAAUGCGCAAGUGCUGUUCUUGCACAAAAUUGGCAUUACAUUGCAAAUCGUAAGGUGAAAGUUAAGGCUGGAGAUCUUUGGCAUCAACCGGAUUUUUUGCAAGUGCCCUCGAAUCCAUUAUUAGUGGCACCCGAUCAAAAUUCUACAUCUCAUAUUCUCAAUUCACUCAACGAUGAUUGUUUGCGCGAGAUAUUUCGAUAUUUCAAUUUGAUGGAUUUGUCAAGUACAGCUCGUGUUUGUGUUCGUUUCAAUCAACAGGCCAAAGAGGCAUUCGGAAAAAAAUACAAAGAUUUGAAUCUGACCAUGAAUUUUUCGCCAAUCCCAUAUAAUCGCAUCAAGAAUCAUGAGGCCGAAAAUAUUUUGAAAAAUUUUGGCCAAGCGAUUCGAUCGUUGCGAAUUGAUUCAAUGGUUAUCGAAUCGGCUCAAUCAUUUUUACGUAUGGUCAGCAACUAUUGCUCAAAAUUAAAAGACUUGGAGAUAUCGGGUUUUGCACUGAAAGGAAAUCUCAAAAAAAUUCGGUCACUUUUUUCACAGUUGGAAAAAUUGCAAUUAAUCCAAUGCGAAUGCAAUCAUGGCUUUAAUAGCGUACUGACCACAAGCACGGAAUUAAAGGUGUUGCAAUUCGAGGACUGUGACUUUGGCGAAGGAACGUUCAUCGAACAAAAAUUUCCAAAGCUUGAAGAGGUGUCAUUCAAUCGCAAUUAUAAUUUUGAACAAUCUUCAUUGCGAAACUUCAUAAAACAGAAUUCCACAUUGAAGAAAUUGAAGAUUACUUUUAAUGGUGCAAUUGACACAAAGGAGUCAAUAAAAUUAAUUGGACAAAAUCUACCGAACUUAUUGGAACUUGAACUGGAUGAUUUGGAUGACGAUAAUUGGUCUGAAAGUAUUCAAACUCUCGGUCAAUUGCGUGCACUGAAAGUAUUGAAGGUCGACUUCAAUAUGGAGUCGAUUACGUCAUUGGUGAAAACUCUUGCUGUCAGCAAGGUGCCAAUCGAACAUUUGAAAUUGGUUAAUGGCGAUAUCGACAACGAAGCCAUAGAAUGCAUUUGCAAAAUAAAGCAAAUCAAAGUUUUGGAAUUCAUUGAAAUGGUUGGCGAACUGACCGAUGACAAUUUGUUUUUACUGGCAAAAGAAUUGACCAAUCUCGAAGAAUUUCACUUAAGCGAACCAGUAACCGACCAAAUUACAACCAUUGGUCUGAAAAAGAUGCUGCCACAUGCAAAAUCACUGUCACUUUUAAGUCUGGAAUUUGUCGAUGGCAUAACAAUUGACGUUGAUGACUACAAAGCAAUGAUUAAAAUCAUUCAAAGUCGGCGAAAUAAGGUCAAUCUCUUGAUCAAGAUUACAGGCAGUGGAGGUAAGGUCAAUAUUCCCGAAAAAAUUGUGAAUGAAAACCGCGAAAUCCUUUACAUCGACGAAACAAUCGAAGAUCCAACAGAUGAUGAUUAUACUUACAGCGAUGAUGAGUCGUGGUUAAGCGAUUGGUCGAAUGAAUAUUCUGAUGACGACUUUUUUGAUCACUAUUCGGAUGCCGAUUCAGAAGAUCAAUACGGUUUUCAUUUCGUAAAUGGUCAAGUUUUUUACUUUUAAUAACACCCAAACGUUUACACUUAACAUAGAUUCAUUUAUUGUGGUGUCUAGAACCAUGUUUGAAGCAACAGAUAAUAAGCACGCAAUUCAAAAUCUCCUACUACCAAUAAUAAAUAUCAUUUUGAAUAGGUUAAGGUUAAAGAGACCUGAUAUCAUAAAUAGAACAAUAACAAUGUUUUCACCAAACUCGUCUCUUAAUCUGAUUAAUUAAAAAAAAAUCAUAACACAAAUGAAUGAUAGCAAUGAAUGUGAAAAUGUAAAAAAACAAUUCUGAAUGCAGGCACUGAAUCAUUCCAAACUAGUUUGAAACAUAAUUCAUAUUCUCAAUGCACUCAUACAAACAUAUUAUUAUUAUUGAAUAUUUUAACUAACAAAUGAAUGUAUUACAAUAGCUGAAAUUUUCCGUUUCUCACGUGUAUAAGCAAACAAAAUAAAAUAAAGCUGCAUAAUUGCAUUUGUUACAAACUCA